AUGGAUGACUUUUCUCACUCCAGGCGUCCGCAGCAAGCCAAGCAGCGCGUUAAAGUCCCCACAGACCGACCACCUCCACUCAGCCCAGUUGACAGGAUCAUUGACCUUCACAACGGUUCGAGUACGGCAAUAGAAGCGACGCCUCAACGACUCCAGGAGUCUAAGCAAUACCCAAUUCCCAGCUUACCAGAAAGGAUUGUGCAAUUGCAACAGCGUAGCAGCAGCUUAAAUCACGAAGUAGCAUACUAUCGAGAUAUGGAGCAAUAUUGGAAGGAAUUCCACGAUGAUAUGGUGGGUUUAAAAGAGAAGCUUGAGGAGAUUCUAUCCAAGUUUGGCAAGAUCCAGCAACAAGUUAGCCAUGAAUGGGCUCAAAUGAAGCAGGGAAGUGGGGCCGAUGUUGGGAAUAAUUGUCAAUUCAUCUAA